AUGCCAAUCCACCUCCUAUCCCCGUUAGCCGGCUGGCUAGCCAGCCCAAUUCCACAGCAUCAAGUCCGGGGUCUCUCCACAGCGGGCGCAUCUCUAGCCCCGCUGGAAGCCCCCAGUGCGCCCAGCGGUGCGGCCGGAUACCUGGGCUCGGUGAGCUUCACGGCCGUCUUGACUGAGCAUCGGAAUGAGAUUCCCUUUGAGCCUGAAGAGAGCUCGGAUUCUUUUCCUGUGCUGUCGGUGGAGCCGGAUCGGAUCCAGUCAGGGGCGGAUGUGCUACUCUUCCUUUACAAUUUGAAUCAGCGCAAGAAGGUAAUUGAAAAGUAUUACAGUCAUGCGUGCAACGCGGCGGUGCCGUGGAAAGUCAUCGUUACGAUCAUGGACUCGAUUCAGGAGAUCUUUGAUGGCUUAAAUCCUGCCGAUUUGAUGAACCAGCUGCAGGAGCUGGCUACGUUGAUAUUUCGGAAUUCUUCCAGAGCAUUAUCGACGCACCAGGGAAUGACCGCAGAUGAGUAUUGUGCUUCUUUCACGGGUAGCAAUUUCCGCUGGGAGGCGUUAGGGAACAUGUUGCCAAUGUUUGGACAGCAGAUUAUGGUUACGCCAGCUAACGAUACGGAACUGCUGGGGAGUCCAGAGGAUUCUCAGGCAAAAGAACAGAUCUUGGAACAUGUUGCGAGAGCAAGUACAAUAUGUCUUAGCUUCUGUGAUCAAUCGUCGUCCGCGAAUGAGCUAUUGGCUCUCAUGCAAUAUAACCAUGUGAUGUUCUUAACUCAACACUAUGGCGAUUCAAGUUAUCUAGCAUGGCGGCGACUCGGUGAUUUGGUAGCCACUAUCUACGCUGCAGGACUCCACCUUGACCCAGCCGGCUCAGAAUCCUAUCCAUUCUUCUUGCGGCAAUGGCGGAGAGGUUGCUUCAUCUGUGCGUUUUACAUGGAUAAGAUGAUGGCAACCUUCGUUGGCCGGCCACCAUUAAUGAAUCACCGCUAUUGUACUCUGGAUCCUCCCCUCGACCUGAGUGACGAGAUCCUUAUACAAGGCGGCGAGCCCCUCGCUCGCGCAGUUGCCGCCCUCGGUCCCUUUGGGUGGAACGCUGAUGGCGUUCGAAACCGGAUGAGCUCUUCGAGGCUUCGGUUCCAGCUUGCCAUUGCAAGAGAAAAGACCCUUGACAUCGCACUAGCAACGCCUGAGACACAAAAUUUGCUCCAAAGGGCAAGUGAAAUCCAAGACGAUCUCCAAAGAGUAUGGGAAGCCGCUCCCGCGUACCUUCGACAUGACCGAGAAGACAAAAAGGAUUCGCGGGAAGUGUGGAUCAGUAUCGUUUACCUGUACCUCAACUAUCUCUAUACCGGUUUUCUCCUUCAGAGGGCGAUCAUCAAACACAUAAAUACCGGCCACGACAGGCUCUACGACAUCUCCCGACGUUUGCUCACCAUCGUUACAUCCAUCACUACCCAGCGGAAUUCGAUGGUGGAUCUUGAUACGCAUUACUCGUGGAUAGCCCUCACAUACGGCCUUCCCAGCGCCAGCGUGCUCUUAAUCGAACUGUUACAUCAGUCGCACGCUCCUACGCCCAACGCGGUUCCCCUGCCGCGUGCAGAGAUCAUCCGCAACCUGAGCGUGUUCGUGUCAUUGUUGUCCUGGAUCUCACGACCGGGCCAAGGAAACUACCGCGAAUGCAAAGAAGCGGAGAAGAAGCUGUCUCGAAUUCUGGAUCAACUCCUGGACCCACAGCCCGUGCAGGCUGAUCUGGUAAAUGAUGUCACGUCCAACCUGUCGAGUUUCUUGAACUGGUCGAACUAUAACUCUUGGGAUUUCAAUCCGGAAUAUUUCCCGGCUGCAGAGGGGUUUCCGGGGAUGCUAUGA